AUGUCUUACAAACAAAUCAUCUACACUACCCCACCGGCUCCGGCCAUCGACCCUUCCCUCACAUCAGGAACCUUCCGAGUAAACACCACCCCCAUUCCCAAAGAUGUGCCCGCGGAUAAAAUCCUCGUGCGUGCGCACUAUCUCUCCCUCGAUCCAGCCAUGCGCCAAUGGCUCACCGCCAAACGCUCAUACAUCGCACCAGUCGAGCAAGGCGCCGUCAUGCGCGGCCAGAGCAUCGCCCAGGUCGUCUCCGUCGGCAGCAACCUGACUUCCAAAUACACCGCCGGCGACUGGGUCGUCGCCUACUCCGGCUGGCAGGAGUAUGCGCUCGUCAGCGCAAAGGAAGCAGAGAAAGUCAUCGUGCCUCCGGGCGGUCGCCCCACAGACGCAAUGUCAGUCCUCGGCAUGACGGGCUUGACCGCGUACUUUGGUAUGAUUGAAGUCGGGCAGCCGAAGAAGGGGGACACGGUUGUUGUGUCCGGUGCUGCGGGUGCGACGGGUAUGGUCGCUGGACAGAUUGCGAAGAUCAAGGGCGCCAAGCGCGUUGUGGGACUCGCUGGGUCGAAGGAGAAAUGCGAGUUCCUGGUUAAGGAGCUGGGCUUUGACUCGGCGGUUAACUAUAAGGAUGCCGACUGGCGGAAGCAGUUGAAGGAGGCGACGCCGGAAUAUAUUGAUGUCUUCUUUGAUAACACUGGUGGUGAGAUCCUUGAUGCUUGCUUGGCUCGUGCGGCGAAGGACUCGCGCUUCGCUAUCUGCGGUGCGAUCAGUCAAUAUAACUCUGCGAAGCCGCAGGGCCCGGCUAGCUUUAUGAGUGUCAUUUCUCAACGGAUUACCAUGAAGGGAUUCAUUGUCUUUGAUUUCGCGAAGCAAUAUCCUGCUGCGUUGAAGGAGCUGGGUACCUGGUUGGCCGAGGGUAAGCUGAAGCGCAAGGAGCACAUUGUUCCCGGUGGCUUGGAGGCAGCGCCUAAGGCUCUCAUUGACCUCUACGCUGGUGCCAACACCGGUAAGAUGAUGGUCGAGGUGGCUCCUGUCACCGAGGCAUUGGCGAAGGCCAAACUGUAA